CAACAACAACGUAAACAUAGUCAGUGUAAUUUUACAAGUGAAGUUUGAUGAAGGUAAAAUGUAAUAGACCUUACCAGUUACCCUUAUCUUUGCGAGUUAGAGAAUCCGCUGUUUCCGACUCAUAUACCUCCCCAUCUUCCAUAUAAUUUCUUCUUCUCUCAAUAUUCCAAAGUCAAUACAUAUAUGACAUCAAACAAGAUUGAUGAUCUAUUAAUGGAGUCCUCUAAUCAAGGUGAUUACUCGUUAAACUCAUCGAUCAAUAAAGAAGUUGACCAGCUCCAGCAAGAUCGACAAGAGUACUACUACAUGGGAGGUGGUGGCAGAUUCUAUGAGUGUGUUUUCUGCAAAAGAGGUUUCAACACAGCUCAAGCUUUAGGUGGUCAUAUGAAUAUCCAUAGGAAAGACAAAUCCACCAGAAACAAACCUACUACUUCUACUCACAAUUUGCUCAUCAGCUCAAGUACUAAUAAGAAUGACAUCCACAUAUCAUCUGGUGCUAAUCUUAGAUGUUACAAUGUGGCAGAGGCACAAUCGAAUUAUCUAACACAUUUUCCAGAAUUAUCUACAUCUACCUCCACAAAUGGCCAGAUUUUAUUGAAUCACAAUGCAAUUGACAGCUCUCGUGAUGAUGAUGAUAAUCACAAUAUUCAAUGCCUGAAUUUAUUUGGUGGUACUGGAGCUCCAUAUGUAAUAGAAACUAUGGAAAAGAAUAGUGAAGAAGAUGAUUUGGAUUUGGAACUUCGACUUGGUCAUGAUCCUUUGAAACAAUAGUACUUAUAUAUUCAAAAGGGGAUUUAUUAUUAGAUUAUUUUUCAAUAAUUAUCUCGGACUGAGACGUACGGGCUUAAAUGAAACAUAUUACUAAUAGCUAGUACUGAAGUUGAUUCUAACUUGAUUGAGGUUUAGUUGUUGUUGUUGUUGUAAUGUUACAUAUGCAACUAUAUAUGAGUCUUAUGGUGCUUUGUUGCAUUAGUUACAUAUUAUUAGUUAUGAUUUAAUUUGUACUAUAUGGAGAAGCUAUGGAAGUUGGAGGAGUUGGUGACAGCCAGAAAUCUGAAGGUUAACAUAGUUAGAAAUUUUCCUCAACAAUAUUAACCCUAAUCUCCUUAGGGUUAUUAUAUAGUAAAAUGUAUAAAAGUGAUGAUA